AUGGAGGUCAACUCCACAGAAGCCAGCAGCAGCUCCCAGGGAGGCACCGGCUGUCUGGAUCUUACCCUUGUCACUUUCACUGAAACGGUGACUUUCACAGAAGUGGUGGCAGAAGAGGAGUGGGGAUCCUUUUACUAUUCCUUUAAGACAGAGCAGCUGGUGACUCUUUGGAUUCUCUUUAUUGUCACAAUUGCUGGAAAUGCCAUCGUGCUCUUCUCUACCUGGAGGAGGAAGCGGAAAUCUCGAAUGACCUACUUUGUUACUCAGCUGGCAAUCACAGAUUCAUUCACAGGACUCAUCAACAUAAUGACAGACAUCAUUUGGCGCUACACUGGAGAUUUUAUGGCCCCUGAUAUCGUUUGCAGGGUCGUUCGCUACUUCCAGGUGGUCCUUCUCUAUGCCUCAACUUACGUCCUUGUGUCACUAAGCAUAGACCGGUAUCAUGCCAUAGUUUACCCCAUGAAGUUCUUGCAAGGAGAAAGGCAGGCAAAAGUGCUUAUUGGAGUGGCCUGGAGCCUCGCCUUCCUCUUUUCCAUACCCACUCUGAUUAUUUUUGGGAAACGGCAGCUCUCCAAUGGGGAAGUGCAGUGCUGGGCUCUCUGGCCUGAUGACUCCUACUGGAUCCCCUACAUGACAGUUGUGGCUUUCCUGGUGUAUUUCAUUCCUCUGAUCAUUAUCAGCGUCAUAUACUCAAUUGUGAUUCGAACUAUCUGGAUGAAGAGCAAAGCUCAGGCUGUCAUCUUAUCCAGCUGUCCUGGUGGCAAAACCUCCCGUGGCUACACCAGUCGUGGGUUCAUAUCCAGGGCGAAGGUGAAGGCGAUCAAGUACAGCAUUGUGAUUAUCCUUGCAUUUAUUCUCUGUUGGAGCCCUUACUUUCUGUUUGAUAUCCUGGACAACUUCAACAUACUGCCUGAGACCAAAGAGCGCUUCUAUGCAUCCGUGAUUAUUCAGAACCUGCCAGCCUUGAACAGUGCCGUCAACCCCCUCAUCUACUGCUUCUUCAGCAACAGCCUCUGCCCCCCUUCUGAGGAAAGAAGAACUCAAAGGCUGGGGGGGACUUUCCGGGAAAGGAGCGAUGGAGGGCAGGAGAUGCAGGUCCUGUCGAAACCAGAAUACAUCUAG